GGGAACCAGGACAUCCAAGCGGUCCAGCCUUCAGCUAGCUUGCAGGUAACCGUAACACAUAUCCUUGGGGAUAUAACUAAAUUAGCAGCUCAUUAUUGAUACUAGUCUUACCCAACUUAAUGCAACACCACUUAAGGAAGUUAAUAGACUUGUUUGGCCUUGCUAGGAAUAGUUUUCGAUCCUUCUGGCUGAAAUGUUUGUUUAAAUGGGCGUAUGAUUAGUCUGAUAAAAAUGACAUUAGCUUAUUGAUUCAUACAGGAAUACUGUCUUAUAUAUAAUCAUUUUCCAUUUUAGCUGAGUAAGCAUUUGGUUGUGGGGGAUGCACAGUGAAUUACACAAAUAACAAUUUUACUUAUGAAGGAGGUGGAGACCAUAUGCAAACACAUGCAAAUAUUGUACGAUAAAGGAUGUGUGACUUCCACCUUUGACAGGUAAUCUAUUUGCCUAGAGACUUUUUAAUCCUAGGCUGAGAUUUUCCUUUGCUGUUUUUUUCAAGCUGCCAUUUGGCUUUUUAUAGUGGAACUGUAAUGCCGAUCUCACCUUUCUUUAAUCGAUACCUCUUCUCUCCCUCUCUCAGGGUCUGUUUUAAUUUCUUCCUAUCUGCUCUAGUUUUCUUUAAAACAUAAGACAACAUAGGGACACCCAUUAUUUGGGGCCACUGCUCAGGGGUGGGGGCCGGGGGAGGGGUGAACGCUAGGUACCCUCUUCAUUUUAAUAUGAUAUGAUAUGAUAACCUUUGACGGUUUGUAACACCCAUGCAUCUGCGGAGAGUUUUUCCCAAUUCUGGAAAAAAAAGGAGAAUACGGCCAGCAGUAACGGUUAAAGUAGGCCCAUAUAACUGAUAGUCUCUUACCUGUGGGGAAUCUUGCGCGGGUUGGUCCGCGACCUCCACGGCCUCUGUCCGAUCCCCUUUGGUAGUAACGGUAUUGUUGCCUUAUGCUCGCUUUCGGGUAGAAUUGUUGUGGGUGUCCCAUAUAGGGGCCUGUUGGCCAAAAUUGGCUGGUGGCAUGGCCCCUUUGAUGACCAGCCCUGGAAAAAACACCCUUGGUGGGGUUGCUACUAAAGACCCUGCGCAGAGGUACAGGCCCUGUUUAGAGAUGUGAACACGCUUACAUGCUUGUUUAAUUCCUUCCUGAAGGACUCUCCAAAAAGAUUUAUCUGUGCCUGUGGGCCUACUUCUUUCGCCCAGGAUCCGCCAGUUUGGGAUCAAUGCGGAAGAGUACUGCACGGCGCUGCUCAGACGAGAGGGCCGCAUUGGUAUUGCCCAUAAAAGAAAACCCUCUUUGGGUUCAUUAUCUAAUGUCAUACGCCCAUUCAUGCACCAUAUCCGCAGUGAAAGAGUCUGCCCGGGCAUAUGCAUCAUCUGUCAGGUACAUUACACGGGCCAGUAGCCCCAUUGCAUCCAUAAGCUUAUCUUGUGCUCCCCUGGAGCUCCUUUCUACCCCUUUGCGAGGGUCAUGACCUCCACGUGCCAUAAAUGCCAGCAUGAGCUGGUCGAACUCAGGCGUAAAAGCCACCUUAUCCAGUAGUGAUGGCCUGGGGCAUUCAGCCUUCAUCCGCUUGUGGACGUGUUUGUCCUGGGGCUUGCGUAUCCAAAGGUGCAUAAACUUAAGGAGGUGUUCUGGUGGAGCCCACUCCCCGGAGCGGGGAUGUCUGAUGUUCCUGGAGUUGAACAUCCUCUGACCUUUAGCAUCCAGAAAAACCUCCUUGUCCUGAGCAGGGGACGCUUUCGUCGUCUCUGCAUCCUCCUUACUCUGGGGCUCACCCAGAAAGGUCUCCCUGAGUCUGAGAGCUCUGCCUUCUCCGCAAGAUGGAGAGGGAGUGAGGCAUAUCUUUUUCCUUGUCCAAGGAAUCAUCCUGGAUAGGCGUGGGGGCCAUAGGCGCUUAUUGCGCUUGAAGGGCGCCUUUCCUUUGCUAUGACCUUUCACUCUCUCUGGAGGAAUCAUUAGACUCAUCUGAGUCGUCCCUGCCUUGGAGCAUUUAGGAGCCGGCUUGAUAGGAUCAGAGGCCGCCGGGAACACUUUGGCCAUAGCCUUCUCCAUGGAUGCGGCCACCGCUGCGUUAAUCAUAACCUGGAGGUCCGUGGGAUUCUGGGUAUCUUCCAUGUUAGGGCUAUAUGUAAAUAUACUGUUAUUGUUAUUUUAUUCGAUAUCUAUUAUGUUUACCGAUCAGCCUGACAAUUGCCCAAUCAGAAAUUUGGGCAUUUGAAUCAGAUAUCAGUAACAUUGUAUCUAUGCUACAUUGUAAGCGGGGAUAGUGAUUUAGUUACUAACGGCAUCCCCGCUGCGCUAGUUAAUAUGUAUUACUGAUCCCUAAGAUACCCUGUGUUUCAAGGACAGAGAAACUUAAUCCUACAUAUCUUUGUGCAUGAAUGGUUUUUGCUAUAAUUGAUUUCAUAUUGGGAGAUAUUACAAAUAUCCCAUAAAUACUAUUAUUAUCAGACACAGAGAUAUUGAGUAGGAUUAUUCUAUCAGGAAUUACCUUCUUUUUUUGUUCUCCUGCUAUGCCGUUAGUAUAAAUGAGCACAUUACCCUUAGCAUUAUACUUACAUAGACACGGCAUUAUAUUCCGAAUGAUUUAGAGGUCUAUUACGUCUCUCCUGCUUACAGUUAAGUUUGUAUUUUGAUGACAGCGUGUCUAAGUGCCUGUCUAUAUAUCCAUACAUACAUUAGCACCAUAGUAGACAUAAAUAUAGAGGUUUUGAUACCUCUCUUCUAUUUUAUUAGGCUAAUUGUAGGCGUAUAUGAAUAUACAUUCUUUUCAUUUAUUUGUGUGUGCUUUUUUUAUUAUUAUUUUCUAUAUAUAGUACUAUUUGAGUUCUUUAGUGUUAGAUAUUUUGUUUUUUCUUGUCCUAUUGGGCUUUGAAAUUAUCAAUUAAACAUUAAGUUUUAAUAUAUAAUUUUGGUUACCUCCUCCACUUCUUUUUUUAUUAUAUCUUUUUAUGUGACAACACUGAAUAAAUGACACUCCGCUACACUGUAAAGUACUAAGUGUACAGCCUGUAUAACAGUGUAAAUUUGCUUGUACCUUGUAACACUAAUGAGUCACAUGACACCGGGGAGGGAAAAUUGCUAAUUGGGCCUAAUUUGGACAUUUCCACUUAGGGGUAUACUCACUUUUGUUGCCAACGGUUUAGACAUUAGUGGCUGUGGGUUGCUAUUUUGACGGGACAGCACAUUUACACUGUUAUACAGGCUGUACACUUACUACUUUACAUUGUAGCAGUGUCAUUUCUCCAGUGUUGUCACAUGAAAAGAUAUAAUAAAAUAAUUAUAAAUAAGACUUUCGGGGAAUAGAAAGCACGGGGAUACAGAGAUAUGGGCACAUGUAUGAAGGCGGAUCCUUCAAAACAUUUGACAAUCUAAAAACCCUGGCACCCCUUACCACGAAAGACGUAUUUAGAUACGUACAACUACGAGACUUCGCCAAAAACCCAGAGGUUAGAGAAGCAGCCCAUACUCAGAUGACGUUCUAUGAACAGCUGUGCAAUGCUGACACCGUACAAAAGGGCUUAAUAACAGCCAUAUACACACAACUCAGCACCCCUGACAAAGACGCUAAAGACCCAAGGUAUAUAAACCAAUGGGAGACAGAUCUGGGUGGGAAACUGGAGGGAGAGGACUCGGUGGACAUAUGGGAAGCGACGGCAAAGACAUCGAUAUGUGUAUUACACCAGGAACAAUCCUACAAAAUGCUCAUGAGAUGGUACACCACACCAGUACAAUUACAUAGAAUGGGGGAAAGCCACGACAGAUACAUGCUGGAAGGGAUGCGGUGGCAAAGGCACCUUCGUGCACAUGUGGUGGGAAUGCCCAGAAACCCGCAAAUAUUGGAAGCACAUACAGACACUACUGAAUGACAUACUGGAGAGACACAUAGAUUUGGACCCCUGGUCCGUCCUGUUGUCCAGACCCAUAGACGGUCUCCCCAGGAAGGAACAACAACUCCUCAAUAAAAUCACACUAGCAGCCAGAAGGGCUCUAGCUCAGGCGCGGCUGAAGCCCACGAUACCCCAUGACGUGAUAGUUAAAAUCAAAGAUACAUAUCUGAUGGACAAACUCACAGCCCAAAUUAGAAACACAGAAAAAUAAUUCCACAAAAUCUGGCAACCCUGGGAAGACUAUGCUAACAAAUAAACUCCCCCAAAAUGGGAAGAGACAGGGGUCCAGGAGGGGGCCUCGAUCCGCCGCGCGCCCCGACAAAAAACACCCCCCACCUGCUCUUCCCAACCUUGCUCCACUCCCCUCCCCACAACUCCCCUCCUCCAAACAGAUUGGAGGAGGUAAUCGACAGAAAAACUGCCCACAAACUCCCCAGUGCCUUAAGCACGCCAUAAAAGAAGAAUCUAAUAGAUGGCAGACGAAAGGGUAGUACUAAACAAAGACGCUGGCACAGCGAACAAUAAGAGAAGCACUACGACCACCCUAAAUUAAGACCCUGCUCCAGGACCUAAACACGAUAACCCUCAGGGCUAGAAGAAAGAACUCGAAAGGGCACCAAAACCCAUGACUGGACUGACAUCCUGGAUAGGGAUGCACAUAGGGCGGGAAGACAAUAAAAGCCACUGUCAGGAACAGACUUACACGACCUUAGUGACCAAUAAUGCAAGAGUCCAAUUCAAACGCAGCAGCGGACAUAAACGACAAACAAAAGCACAAAAUAACAAAUUGCUCUGUACAGAAACACUGACCACUUCAACAAAUGUGAGUCUAUUUAGUAUAGUCUGGAUACGUAUUGCGUAGCUUUGUUUUGUUCUGUUUUGUUAUAUUUUAUCUUUUAUUCGUGGACACGAUAUGCCCACCAAAAUUGCAAAAAAGCGACACUGAGCCACAAACCAGGAAUAUUAUUUAACCUGUAAAACCACUCCUAUUCUGUAACAUGCAAUGUAAAACUUAUUCACAACCGGCCCCUGCGUGAGCCAAUGUAUACUGCAAUGCCGUACUCUGUGUCAAAACAAAAAUAAAGAAUUUAAAAAAGAAAAUAAUAAUUAUAAAUAUGUGAGAGGUGUACUCAUAUAUAUAUAUAUUUGUAGUCGGGGACAAUAAGCCAAAUUAUAGUAGUGGUGGUACAAGUCGGUUGUGGUGUGCUGAAACCAAUGUUCGGGUAGGCCUGUAAAAGAGGGCCCACUAAGUGAAUGCUUAUUAAAGGGAACGGUGGGUGGGCUUAACCAGGAAGUCUUGGCCCAGAGGAAGAGGAGGCCUGUGAAUUUAUAGGCCGGACAAACCCCUCCCACAACUACAGGCUCUGCCUUUCUAUUUGUAGUCGGGACAAUAAGCUGAGUUAUAGUAGUGGUGGUAAAAGUCGGUUGUGGUGUGCCGGAACCGACAUUCGGGUUGGCCUGUAGAAGAGGGCAAAAAGUUUAACAGUUUAAUCCUUAGUACGUGUUGACAUUACAUAACCAGUACUUUAAAUGCCUGCCUCAGUUCCCUGUCCAUUUGAGGGAUAUCUGGUGUAUGCAGACAAUUCCAAUGUCUCAGUUUAUGAUGUGCGCUGGGAUGUUUACUAAAGGCUGCAGAAGUAGUGCUUAUUCUAAAAGAAUGAUCUGAAUAUGAUGAAGGGUCGAAUCAGAGUUUUAUGAAUUGUGUCCUGACGUACAGGAUGAAUUUGAUGUAGUGAAUGGUUAACAUGUAACCUUAAAAGAGAAGCAUAUACCUGUGUAGUCCUUUGAGUGUAGGACAAUUUGGUGUAGUAUGUUGACCGGGCACCAUUUAUUGUUGACAGUAUGUAUGUAUGUCUGCAGGUGGGUAUAAGUUUAAGAGUUUGUAAGCCAAGUUAAGGUUGAGGUGGCAAAAGGAUGUGAAUAUCACUAUGGUAUCCACGGAAUAUGGAUUGACGAUUCAAUAUUCUGAAGUGAACUUAUUAAAAUGGCCAGAGUUCUGGUAUAUAAAUGGUUGGUAUAAGCAAACAGAACCGCAUGUGCUGGCAAUCUACCAUGACCAUGAGAUGAGCUAAUCCAGGAUGAGAUCAAUGAGAUCAAAAAGUAAGUCAGUGACUUAGUUUGUAUUAUGAGCAUCAAGUUUAGUGGAAGCAAAUUGAAUCAGGGAUGCUUGGGAUAUGCAACAUGUCUUCUCCACGUGACCCCUCUUUGGAAGACACUGUCGCCUUGUUAUGCCUCUUUAACCCCUUAAGGACCGAGGACGGUUCAGGACCGUCAUCGGCAUUUUUGCGUUGCCGACCGAUGACGGUCCUGAACCGUCCUAACGGUCAGAGCUACUUACCUGAUCGCCGUCGUUCCCCCGGCGGCGAUCAGUGUGGCUCCGGUUGUGGGGAGACUGCCUGCAGCCCAGGCAGUCUCCCCACGGCAGAUUAGGACCCCUGUGGCCAUGUGAUCGCUUAACACAGCGAUCACAUGGUCACAAUAGGUGUCCAUGUGUCUGCCUGCAGGGGGACUGUCUGUGCUGACAGGCAGUCUCCCUGCAUGUGUAAAAUCAAAAAAUAAAUUAAAGUUAGUGUUAAUAAAAAAAAUAAAAAUAAUUAUAUAUGUGUAUAUAUGAUAUAUAGACAUAUAUUAUACAUAUAUAAUAUAUGUCUAUAUAUCAUAUAUAUAUAAUGUCAUACUAAGUGUAUUUUUAUAUUAAUAUGUACUUAUAUUAAUAUAAAAAUACACUUAUAAUUAAAUUACACACGUAUAUAUAUAAUAUAUAUAAUAACUAUAUAUAUUGUAUAUAUAUAUUAUUAUAAAAUAUAAAUAAUAAGUAAUUUAAAUUAAAUAAAAAAUUUUUUUAAAUAAUAAUAAAAAAUUUAAAAAAAAUUAUAUAGCUAUAUGAAAUUUUAUUCUAACUGUAUUUUAAAAUUAAUAUAUAUAUAUUUAUAUCAAAAUACACUUAGAAUGAAUUUGUAUAUAUAUCUAUGUAUAUAAAAAUAAAUAAAAAUAAGAAAUAUACAUACGUCCAUAUACAAAAUUACAUAAAUAAUUAUAUAAAUAUACACGUAGACUUCAAAUAUAUAAAUAUGCAUAUAUAUUUAAAUUCUACGUGCGUAUUUAUGUAAUAUUUUUACAUAAUUCAGUAAUUUUAUUGAUUGCAAUUUGAGGACCUGCCUGCCAACCCAGGCCGAAAUUCCAGAGAAUUUAAUUUGCUAGCACUGUAUUUUACCCUGUAACGUUCUACGACACCCUAAAACCUGUACAUGGGGGGUACUGUUUUACUCGGGAGACUUCGCUGAACACAAAUAUUAGUGAUUCAAAACAGUAAAACAUAUCACAGCGAUGAUAUUGUAAGUGAAAGUUACUUUUUUUGCAUUUUUCACACACAAACAGCACUUUUACUGAUGAUAUAAUUGUUGUGAUACGUUUUCCAGUUUUUAAACACUAAUAUUUGUGUUUAGCUUUAUGUUCCCAGUAAAAACAAAAUUCCCCAUGUACAGGUUUUAUAGCAUUUUGGAGUUACAAGGUCAAAUAUAUGGUCAAAUAUUUUACUGAAAAUGGCCAGGUUGGCUACGCUUGCCCUUUGAGUAUUUAUGGCAGCUCCAGGAAUGAGAAUUACCCCCAUGAUGGUAUGCUAACAUUUGUAAAGAAGACAACCUUGUUAUAUAUAAAUGGGGGUAUGUCCAGUUUUUUAGUAACCACUUAGUGUGCUCAGGAAAACACUGGCCAAAAUUAGCUCCGGUUCUAGUUUUUACUUUUCUACACACAAAAACAAAUAUGAACGCUAACUUUGGCCAGUGUUUGCGACUAGGUGGCUACUAAAAAAAACUGGACAUACCCCAUAUUGAAUACCCUGGGUUGUCUACUUUAAAAACAAUAUGUACAUGUGGGGUGUUAUUCAGAGAUUUAUGACAGAUAAUAGUGUUACAAUGUCACUAUUGAUAAAUUUUAAAAAUGUAUGUUUUGAAACCGCAAUAUCCUACUUGUACCUAUAGCCCCAUAACAUGCAAAAAAAAGCAAAAAAGCACGUAAACACUAGGUAUUUUUAAACUCAGGACAAAUUUUGAAUCUAUUUAGCAGUUUUUUUCAUUCGCUUUUUGUAGAUGAGUAAAAGAUUUUUCAAGUAAAAGUCAAAAAACAUGUAUUUUUUUCAAUUUUUCAUCAGAUUUUUUUAUUUUUUUAAAUUAAAAUACAUGAGAUUAUAUAAAUAAUGGUAUGUAAAGAAAGCCCCUUUUGUCCUGAAAAAAACAAUAUAUAAUUUGUAUGGGAACAGUAAAUGAGAAAGCGGAAAAUUACAGCCAAACACAAACACCACAAAAGUGUAAAAUAUGCCUGGUCGCAAAUGUACAACAUCGCAAAAACAGUCCAGUCCUUAAGGGUUAAUAUCAGUUCUGAAUUAUUGGUAUGUCUGAGUGCUUAACAGACUUUAUAGUGAUAAAACAUAAUGUCCUUAAACUGGAAAUAAUAUGUUUAAAAAUUAGUCUGUGUAGAUUGAGUCUAAAUGACAUUUUUAGUUACAUAAAUAAAGUUCAUAAAGUUUGUUAAAAUAUCCUGGUAGAAGGCCUGCAUUUGGCCAUAAUUAAAUCUUCUGAAAUGAGUAACUCUUUUGAAAUAGUGGGAGUUAUAAUAUUGAUAUCACAAAGGAAAAAUAUGCAAAAUGAGUAGAUGAUUUAAAUGUUUUUAAUCUGCCAUCUCCUCUUUUCUACUAAACAAUAACUACUUCCUUGCAUUUUUAUAUGAGCUGGUACAGAACUAAAAGUAUGUUGUGUAAUAAUGAAAUAGCAGCUAUGUUUUUUGAAGGGCACAUCUAUAUGAAAUAAAACAUAUUUUGUUAAAGACUGCUUGUAUUCAGAUAAUUUGCUUCAGGUUUACAUCCAACCCGCCCCCCACCCCCUCACCCACACUUAUUUGUAAAAGUAGUCAUCAUGCCCAUCUCCCAGGUAGAAAAGCACUACAAGUAUACUGGUCAUGGCACUAUCCCAUUGUAAAGAUUCAAACCUUUUUAGAACUCAUUGACUUCUUACCUGGAUUUGGCUAGACACAGUGUCCCAUCUCCAGAGUUUACCAAGAUAACAUUGGUAUUUGCUCUCUCUUUCUGUUCCUGCAAUAAGACAGCAGCAGUUAGGAUCUACUCUGUCAAUUGUAUAUGAAAGAAAAUUUCUCACUGUGAAAAAUCAUACCUAAAAUUGGGGGUAUGAAAUCGAUACAGUUAGAUGGGCAGGUCAAAAGGGGCAUGCCGAUGAUAUCAUUUGGGUCACUCCUGCCUUCCUAAAUGGGGAGUCCCAGCAAGAAAAAGUCAGUGUUACAUAGAGAAGAAAAGGGUUAUGGCAGGUUGGUUGGCCAGGUCCUGAAGCACUCACUACAUGGUCCUAGUCUAAUAAUACACUUGCACUGUGCUGGUUGGGGACAGCUCACAGAUAUCCCAGAUUUGGGACACAAGGGAACAAAAUUUGGAUGAUGGAACGGGAUCCUGAAAUCAGGGCAAUUUGAGCAGUGAAGGCUCAGUGACAUGGAAAAUUAUUGUGAAGAAGUAAAUGCCCUUUCAUCCCUAUACUACGUGCAUUCUAUUUGACCUUUGUUUCUAUUAAACAGAAAAAAAAAAAUUCAUAUGGUUUGCUCACAUUAUAACUGAUAUGGUGUUAUUCUGUAUGGCUGACUAUAACCAUAGAGAUUGAUAUUUUGGGAGUGAGUUACAAGUAUAAUAAACUACAUAGAGAACUUUGUCCUCCAGAGUAUGUGGAAAUAAAAGCUUGAAUUUCGUUUAGUUUGGCACCCAUAUGAAAGACGACAGGCGAAAAUGCAUUAUCACCUAUAAUUAUGAUUGUGCAGUAUGAUGAUGAUAGAGUUCAUUUGACAUGGGUCAAGAGAUAUUGUGGUGUUUGGCACAGAGAGAUAUUCUUUAGUGCAGACCUGCCUAAAUAAUUUUAACAAGAAUGCCUUGUAUUGGUUAAACAUUCAUUUAAACAGCAUAUUCAACCAGUUCAGCCAUAAUGUGUACCUACUAUGGUACACAUAAAAUUUCAAAUUCAAACUAUACAUUGUGCUAGAAAAUAAAUAGAUUUUAAAUGUAAUAUUAAUAAUAUGGUUCCACCUCCUCCUGCCAAUCAAAUCCGUGGCAUUAGCACUCUGUGUCAGCAUGCCUUUAUCAGGCAGUCUUCCUGUCAUUGCAGCAGGACUGGAUUAUCCAUAAAGUGGCUGCCUUCAGACUUGGUAGGCCUCUGACUGAGCAUGGAGUUUUGGCUCUGUCCCUGAUCCUGCAACAAGAUUAAAAGCUCUCCCUGCUCUCUGUGCCCAUGGCAGCCAGCCUAACACUGCUUUCUCUGCAGUUUCCUCUUAGUGAGAGGAGCUUGUAGUGGAAAGGGCAUGUUACAUCACUUUGUCUUUCCCAUCAGGCCCCACUCACUAGGACUCUUCAUGUCCUUCAAUCAAACCCAACCAUCCCAAUGCUACCAUGACUCCUUGUGCUCCCAUCACUCCAGUCUCUCCCUCCUUAACCCUCCAUCUGUCCUCCUAUCACUCCAAUACAUAUUUUCCUCUCUGUACUCCCAAUACUCCAAUCCAUUUCUCAUUAUCUUUCUAUUCUCCCAUAGCUCCCAGAAAUCCCUAUACUCCCAUCAGUCUACUCUCUCCCACCCUAUCCACCUAUUACACCAAUCCAUAAUUCCUUUCAUGACCUCCCAUCACUCCAUGGCUUCCUAUCCCCUUCACUCCCUUCCUAUUAUCCCAUCACCCCAAGUCAUCUUUGUUUCCAUCACUAUCAUCCUUCUCUAUGCUCCCAUCACUCCAAUUUAUUCUUUCUCUCCUGUCCUCGCAUCACUCCAAUCCAUCUCUUCCCAACCCCCUCACUCCCUUCCUAUUAUCCCAUCAUUCCCAGCCAUCCUUAUGUUUCCACCGCUACCAUCCUUCUCUAUGCUCUCAUCACUCUAAUCCCUAGCCGCACGGAAAAACCGCCGGGGCUGCACUGAAGGGACCCCACCACCCGAUGGCAAUGAAUUUCGGCCUGGUCAGUGAUGCAGCGCUAUGCGACCGGGCCCCAGUGAUGACGUCCGAGCUGCGAGGAAGCCAUCACUUCCUCCCAGCUAACAGAGCUCUGCGGGGGAGGAGAGGAGGGAGUCAGAGUGGGAGUUCCUGGACUGCCACUGGAUCCUAGGGAAGUCAUUACAUUUUUCUUAACACUUUGCAUGUGUGUGUGCAGGGACGUAUUAGCCGCGUAUUAGCCUAGGGCAGCACAAAACCAGGAUACACCACUGUGUGUGUGAGAGAGAAUGUCUGUAUCAGUAUAUCUGUGUGUAUGUGUAUGUCUGUUUGUGUGUGUGUGUGUCUGUAUGUAUGUCUGUGUGUGUGUAUGUUUGUAUGUGUGUGUUUGUGUCUGUAUGUCUGUAUGUGUGUGUGUGUGUAUAUGUUUGUCUGCAUGUGGGUCUGUCUGUAUCUCUUUGUCUGCAUGUGGGUCUGUAUAUAUAUCUCUUUGUCUGUAUGUGUAUCUGAAUGUUUGUCAGUGUUUCUGUGUAUCUUCAUGCGUGUCUGUAUGUGUAUCUCUCUGUAUGUGUCUGUGUUUGUCUGCAUAUGUGUCUGUAUGUGUAUCUGUAUGUCUCUGUGUAUCUGUGUCUACAUGUGUGUCUGUUUGUGUAUCUGUGCCUACAUGUGUGUCUGUAUGUGUAUCUGUUUGUCUGCAUGUGUGUUUGUAUGUGUAUCUGCAUGUGUGUCAGUGUGUGCCCCUAUGUAUCUGUAUGUGUGUCACUGUUUAUAUCUUUAUAUCUGUAUGAGUGCAAUUCUAUGUAUGUGCAUCUGCAUGUGUGUCUAUAUGUGUUCUAUCAGCAUAUUGUUCUAUCAGGGCUGACCCUUUACUACUGUGUCUAUAUGUGUGUCUGUGUGUGUCCCAAACACGCAAAAUCAAAGCAGGUGGCAGCAUCAGAGGGGUGGGUAUUACAGCACCGUCAAACCCACAGAUUUUCCAAGAUGGCGGCGCUGCACCAAUAAAUCAUAUUUGCCCUGUGAGUGGUUAAUCUGUCAUGAGAGUUUCUCUUUAUUGGAAUUAGACAGUAGUUUAAAAAAAAAUUCAUAAUAAAUAUUCAGUAUUAAGUUGUUUCUUACUUUGCACAUUUUCUUACUUUUAAGUAAAAUAUUUCUGACAUUGCAGCAAAAACAAAGACUAUGAGAACUCUGAGUUUUGCUCACUUGUGCGAUUACAGAGUGAACCUAUACCAUUGCAUAUCAGACUGAUCCCACCCAUAAGGGCAGUCCAGAACAGAAAUGCCUGCAAAUUAUUUCUGCACAAGAGAUACAAGACUCCAAGCUGACAUUGUUUAAAGGAACACUGUAGUGUCAGGAAUAUGAACAUGUAUUUCUAACACUAUAGUGUUUAACUAUUUCGGUCCCCCCCCCCCCCUUAGAUCGCAUGGAAAAGGGUAUUUUACUCACCUUUCCUUCCACACCGUGCCAGUCUAACCACAGCUGGCCCUGCAUGGCUCCGGCUCCAUGGCUGAGAUCAUAGGUCAUGAUGAUCUCAGCCAACUUAAUGCUUUCCCCAUGAAUGCAUUGAGAGGCUAUUGCGCAUGCGUGUUAAAAUGCCGGGCUUCACCAAGAGAUGUAUUGAAUCAAUGCUCUUCUAUAGGGAACGUUCAGCGCCCUUUACAGAGUGUAGAGAUGCUGAACUCCAGUGCACACUGUGCAGCACUGAGAUAGGAAGCACCUCUAGUGUUCAUCUCAGUGACUGCCACUAGAGGUGUUCUUGGGCAGCUAUAUAAACACUGUUUGUUCUCUGGAAAGGAAGUGUUUACAGUGCUAAGACUGCAGGAAAUACAGUAAGCUGUAGUGGUUAUGGUGACUAUAGUGUCACUUUAAAUAAAAUGGUUCAAAGUAGUAUUGACACAUACCUCCCAAGUGUCCCUAUUUAAGAGUGACAUUACCCAUUUUGGGCACAAAUCACUCUGUCAAUCUUUUCUAUCCUAAUGUCUGUCUUUUCUAGGAGCUCCAUACUGUCGUUGUGUCUGAGUGUAUAACAGAGCUCCACUGCAAUAAUACUCACAGUAAAGUGUCUUUAAAGUACAAUUAAUGCGUUAAGAAAUCAGCCUGUGUAAAUAAGAUACAGUGUUCUUGUUUAAAAUUAAAUUUUGGUUGCAUUACUUGUUAUUAGUAAGUCACCUAAAAUUUAUCAUAACAGCCCUGCCCCCAGCCACACCUCUAUUUACACUUCUAAAUUAAAAGUGUCCCUCUUUGUCCAGCUGAAAUCUUAGGAGGUAUGUUCACAAUUUAAUGAUGAUACUUGUACACCAGAAAAAAAGUAUAAAAAUAUUUUCAUCGCAUGGAGCAGAUUGUUCCUUGCACCAUGGCUACUUGGAUGUUUAGAUUUAAUUCCCUACAGUAUACACCUAGCACAAUUUAGUUUUACUGACGGCUGCAUGACUGGGCCUAGACUAAUAAAAAGUACAUGAGCAUAGGUGUAUCCUCUAUGAGUAACAACUCAACAACACAAUUCGUAAACAUUAUUCAGACAUGAAUUAGAUUAAAAUUAUAUAUUUUAUUUGUACCCAGUUACUAUGACACUUUUAUUGUAGACACAUUCCCUUUAAUUUCACAACCUCUCUCUCGGAAUGCCGCUGCUCAUUAGAUUCACUUCAUUAAGUUCAAGCUUUGAAUGAUAUCAUUCAACCACUGGACACACAUUACCAAUUAUUCUCUGUUUUAUAUUUUGUAACUUUGUAAAUCUAAUCACACACCAGUUAGUUAUUUUCCUUCAUUUAAUUGACAUGUGAAUUUGCAGGGCAUUAACACUGAAAUGCUUUUCUGGACAUACUUUUCCAUUAUUAGCUGUGGAUAUAUUGCAGGGCUUGACAAAUUAGUUUGUAAUCUAGGAGCCAGCUAAAGAAGGUAAGAGCCAGUUUAUUUUAAAUUAAAAAAGUUUAGUUUUCAACGAGAAAAAUGCAAUUCUUAAAGGAACACUAUAGUUAUUAAUAAUGCAGUUAUUCUGGCGUCUAUAGCCUGUCUGUAGUUUUUUUCAAUGUAAGCACUACUGUUUCAGAGAAAAGGCAGAGUUUACAUUGCUGCCUAGUAACACGCCUAGUGACAGUCACUCAGACGGCCACUAGAGAGUCUUGUGUCUGACACAAGCUUGCUGAAGUACUUUGUGUCUGGAAACCUGUCACAUUUUAACAGUUUAUAAAAGUGCUGUUUACAAUAGACUAUUCAAAAUCCUUAUUUCCUGUAUGCAGAGGUGAGCAAAAGAGAGAAGAUCCCCUUCUACUAAAGACGGGUGUGCGCCAUAGAAGAGAGAGUCCACUAUCAUCUAUGGAAAGUGGUCACCAGUACUGAUAAUCAAUCAAAGCACUGCAGUUGUAUGUGUAACAUAUGUUUAUACAAUACUCAUUUAAUCUAUUGGUUGGCUGAGUGUAAUAUGAGUGUAACACUGGUAUAGUGGAUAUUAUAAGCAACAUUUGGUGUGGGCACACACUUGCUGAUUGGUUCCUGCAGCCAUAUGUGUUGGCAAAUUGACUAGGACAAAAUAUAGAUAAAAUGUUAACUAUAACGUGUGCCUUGUAAGGACACGGGUGAUACACUAUAUAUAUUCCAUUAAUUUUGGAACAAAUAGAAAAGGACUCUGAAGACACCAUGGUGUCCUUAUCAAAUCUCCCAUUUUCAUUAAUUUUUUUUAAACUCAUACAAUCCAUUCAUUGGCAUGUUAUAACAAAUGACAUAAGGAGUUUCCUAACUUACUAAGUAGUAAACAUGUGAUGAAUAGUUUAAGGUCUUAAUUUAAAAAAUAAAAUCAUAGUGAUCAACAGGAUUUACUAUAUUUUUAGUUACAAAAUGAUUAUUUUCAACAUUAACUGGCGUAUAUAUAGAGUUUGUAGCUUCUUUUGUCAAAUUGCAAUUAAAAAAAACAGGGGUCAGUUUUGCGUAUUGAUAAUUAAGUAUAAUGGUACAAAAUAUGCCACCAUUAUUCAAGGUUGUAUCCAUUAAGCUAUACUAUGUGUGGUUUUUCAUGUGGAAAAGAUGCUUCUCCCUGAAGUUAGCAGCAACUACUUUAGUGAGUAACGGUUGGUAACAUAAGUUAGCUUUUCUCCAUUAAUUGAAAUACCUUUUAAAGGGACAUUCUAAACAUCAUAACGAUCAUAACAUCAUACUUAUUUUAGAGGUGUUGGUGCAAGGUGUCGUUGUGUGCCUCUACCAGACCAGGUACAUAGUAUAUCCCAAUCAAUCCAGCCUUAGGUACCAAUGAUGUGCUGUGAGUUCUGGAUUCUGGGUUCACUGCUGUAGCACUAGUGGAAGUGGUGGCUGUAAAGUGGAUCCCUAAGUCCCCUAACCCUCAGAAAUGAUGCACCCUCUGCAUUCUUUUGUUCUCUAGUACUAUAACAGGUAUAUCUUUCCUCCAUCUCCAGGUGCACGGUUCUCAUUUCCUCUUGUAUCAGGUUUUUAUAAUUAUAUAUUGUUCUGUCUUUAUCCUCUAGUUGUUGCUAUUUCAUCUGUUGCAAGGUUCUGCAGAAAACAUUGUUGUUUUUUUUUUUUUUUUAUUCUUUAUUUAACUGUUAGCAUUGACAUAGCAUGCUGAUUUUCAGAGGUAAUAAUCAUAUCCGUUACAGACAUAACAUUCACAUCCCAUACCAAACCCACUAUCCACACUAGGGCAGACCGCCUCUCCUAAUAAUAAAAACUGUAUUCAUUUUUUGAUGCCCAACCAGUCUUACGGCUGCCUGGAGUACUAAUGCCAACCUACUUCUACAGUAUUAUUCAUCAUUAUACACAAAUAUUUUUUUACUCACUAUUUCAUUUUUAUAAAUGUUAAUAAAAAAAAAUAAAAAAAAAUUCCAAUAGUCUGUAAAAUGUUAUCAAACCUUAAUUAAGGAGGUACAGAUGGCAAAAUAUAAUGAGCAAUUUUCAAUUUAUAAACAUGACGUUACUGUAAAAAAUUACCAGGUUAAAAUAUGCUUAUGCUCUUUAGUAUUUAUUUACCAUUCAAACAACCUAUCAUUAUUACCGUAUAACAGUCUACAUUAAAAUGUAUAAAUAAUACACUCAAACAUAUAAUGUAAUAUAAUAAAUAUUACUAAAUAGAGAACGUGUGAUUAAUUGUUAUGAGUAAAGGAAAUACCAACAAAAACAAGAACAGUCUUUAACGCAGAUGGCCUCCCAAUUAAAGAUAUAAUUAAUAUGAAACCAGUAUUUUAAUUUCUAUGUGAUGAGUUAGCACACAUUACUAAACAGAAAUACCAAUUUACCUAGAAAAGGCUAUCAUUUCCCCCUCUAUGAAAAGGUUCCUAGACUAUGCUAUCAUGUCCGUCUUCACUUCCUGCAGACGAUAAACGAUUAAGUAAAUGGUAUAAAUAGAGAGUUGUCGGCAGAUGUUGCAAUUUAUGCUGUGUAACCGUAAACAACCUUUGUAUUGUAGACUCAAUAAAGUCGGAAGCUCCAAUGUCUUAACUGUUACACCUCCUCUGCUAGUGGUUUUUAAGUCGCUGACACUGUGUUAUGUCUGGGGUGUGGUUUUGUUCUUAAUCCCCUGUUUACAUCCUUUCCCCUUCUCUCACACACACUGUCAGUGGCUUUGCGUGCCUAUGUCUGUCUGACUAGAAUAACGUUUGCACCUGUUCAUAGUAUUGGAAAGAGAAGGCUGUACUAUUAAUCUUUUGUAUGAUUAACUAGCUUUCUGUAAUGAGUGUUUUUAAAUAUAUUUAAAUAUGAUAUAUAUCCUCUCUCUAUAUAUAUAUGCACAAACUAUAUAAAUUAAUAUACAGUAAUUAUUGUUUUAUAAUUAUUACAGUUUAUAUAUUCCAAGUCAUUGAUUGAGUGUGGACCUUGGGCUUUUUUUCUCUAGUCGAUGACUCUCAUGUACCCAAAAACUAGCUAGGGAAUUCUUUGCCCUGAAGCUACUGUUCUUGACAACACAAAUCCUUUGUUUUAUUUUGGUGCAGUGCAGCAUGCUCCAUCAUAAAAUGGCUACCGAAUAACUCCUCUGUACUACUAACUUCUUAUCUGGGGUCUGUGAUUUGCCAGUCCCUGCCUCUCUGCAUCCCGGAAGCUCUCUGACAGAGCUAAACACAGCACGGUCAGCACAAUUCUUGGGACCUCUUACAAAACCAUUGUCCUGUCCUCCCCCACCACACACCCACUAGCAUAAACAAAUGCAGGCUUACACACCCAUAUACAUAGAUACAUAUUCACAGAUACAUACACACAGAUGCAUAUCACCACACUCACAGAUACACUUUCACAAACACAGUGCCAAAUGUAUACAAACACAGAUACACACUGCCACAUACAGAUACACACACACAUACAGCACACACAGAUCCCCACUGUUACACAUAUACACAAAGUGAUACACACUGCCAAACAAAGAUUUACACUGCCACAAACACACAGAUACAUACUGCUAUACAUACUGCUACACAUACACAUACACAGACACCCCCCACAACAUACAUAUAUAAAGGUUAACACACACACAGAUACUGACAAAGAUAUUAUACCCAGGGAGUGCAGGGUUUUCUUCCUUCUUGCAGUCGUAGUAAGUGAUCUGAUAUCACCUUCUCCCACUGAUGUCGUGCAGGAGAGGAAUGAGGUGAAGUGCCCCGCUCAGCCUCAAACUCAGAAUAUAUGUAUAUUGCCCCAAAUAGACUGCUUAGCCCUCUGCUUGUUGAUUCGGGUCCCCGAGUGGCCUGGGCCCAUUACACACGUGUCGCUUGUAAUCCACCCACCCAAUGGCGGUCCUGGCUAAGGCUGGUGGUCUAGAGCUUAGUUCAUUGGUUGAGAGCGAUUAGUUGAUGCUCUCACUCAUUGAGCUGACAUUAGACUGCAUAGCUUAGUUUAGGAGAGCUAACGUAAGCUACUGUUAACUGUUUUUUUUUUUUUUUUAAAGGGACACUCCACUGCACAAAUAACAGAAAUUAAAAUAUGCAUGCAGUUAAUUAUGCAUUUUUAAAUUGGGUAAAUCUAAAAACAUCUUGCAAAAGCUGCAGAUCUCUUGUCUGAACACUUUGCAAGCCCAUACUUUCUGUGGCUGUCUUUGUAAGGCAGGUGCUCUGGGCAAUUGCUUACCAAACCAGGAAGUAACAGGACUGGUUGUCUCCUUGAAUUACAGGUUGGCGUAGCAAGGUUUAUUUAUGAAAGUGCCUAAAUUCUAUUGAAAUGUGCACUUAUUGUUUAAAUUAAAGUAGGAGGACUUGUUCUUCACAGAACAAGCAUGUCAGCAAGUUAAAGUGCUUUACGGGUCCGGAGUGUCCCUUUAAUAUGCCAAUCCAAUACCAUUUUUACAUGACUGUGUUUUCCCCACAAUUGGAAUGUGUCAAUUUAUCAAAGACAUGUUUUGGGUUUUUUUUGUUCCAGUUACACACAACACCAGAUAGCCAAUUUAAUUGUUGUCACUUAAAUAUAAUUACUAAAAAAGAUCCUGACUACAUUGUUUUUGGGAGAUGUAGUGCAAUUAUGUCUGAAAAAGUUCUAAACCGUGUGACCAACAUUUUACUGAUAGCUCAGGAUAAAACCAAAUUGAAAUUAUGUUCUAGGCACACCCUUCAUGACUUGCUUGAAUACCUCUGACUAGUUUUACCAAACCAUCAAUUUUAUUUCAGAUUUAGAAAGGACUUGUUUUGUUGCCCUCAAAUAUGACUUAUGCUCGUCUUCAAAUCUAUGUUAGGAUGUGCCUUGCCUGCACAUGAAGUCUUUUUCAUUAAGCCCUGUUUCUGCAGCACAUUUUAUAGCUUCUCUUAAUAAAAGGCAAUAAACAUCGAGGAGAGCUUUAGGGCUUUUAGCUCCCUUGGUGGAGCACAUGAUACAAGCUGAAAGAGAUAAUAUUGAUAUCUAAAAAUAUGUCCACAGAGAGGUCCUCUGUUUAACAGAAUGUAGUAAUUAAAUAUAGAGGCUUGCAUCGUUCACAGAUUCUAAGCUGAAAACAAUCUUUCCAUGAGGCGAAUUCAAUUAAACACAGUUUUUCGGUGUCAAUCAGAGCAUGUGGUAAUGUUUAAAAAUUGUUUCAGGACCACAUUUAUGAAUGGGUUUGAACAUCUGAAAAGGAUGCAUUUAGAUUUGUUUUACCAAACUGUACAGUCUAUUUCACUAACUUUAUUUGUUGUAAUUUUUUUUUAGUACAUUUAUAGUACAUCCUGUUAAAGUUAUUUUUGAAUAUGUUACCUUCUAAAUUUACAGCAUUUUUCUCCAGCUGUGUUAGAUCCUUUUUUAACUACCUCCUCAUCAUUCCCUUUACAUUUUACCAGUAGCUGUAACUUGCCUUUAAUUUUCUCUGGCCAUCACUUGCUAAUUCCCCCUGCUACAUCUUGUCUCAUAUCCCAUUUAUAACCUUUAGAUUGUAAACUCACGGGUUAUCCAACUAAGCAUUCUGUAUACAAUAGCUCCAAUGGCUAGAUCUAACCUCACAGACAGGGACCUCUUAACAUUUUGCAUUAGUCUGUAUAAAUUCUGCUGCUAUUCUCCCAAUUGUACAGCGCUGCGAAAUAUGUUGGCUCUUCUUAAAUGCCAGUAAUAAUAAUGAUGAUGAGAAGGCAACCUAAGACACCUUUUAAAAGAGAUUCAGUCAAUAUUCCUGAGUAAAUCUGUAAGUUAAAGGACGAAAUAGUUAUCUACAGUUUGUAUUUAUAUUUCAUUUUGUGUGAUGUACCCAUAUAUUUCAUUGGAGAAUCUCUUUCCAUGUCAAUUCAUGAAACUUUGCAAAAUAUAGGGUUUUUCACAUUAUUGCGCUAAAAAGAAGUCAUUCGGUAAAACGGUUGCCCCAAGCACCAUGGAGCACACGACAUGACCUGAAGUAGUUUCAAAAAGGCAAGAGAAUAAAUAGUAAUAUAUUUGCUUAUAGUUACAAAUAGACAGAAUUCCCCUUAGAAAUGAAAGGAACACUCCAAACACCAUAACCACAACACUGGCACCAUCCCAUUAAAAGUCAUAUUUCCUGGGUUCUUGCGGCUGCAGCCCCAACAUACUUCCAGUCUUCACAUGCAGGAAAAUCGGGUUAGCUCUACAAAGCGAACCAGGGCCUUGCCUUACUAGUGUUUCAUAAGAAAGAAUUAAUGCUAAUUCCCUUGAUAAUGGUUGUAAAGAUAUUAGUGUGAUUAAAUAGGUUAUGACUUUUCUGGCUGUGAUAGCAGAAAUUAAACUCUGUCUCUGUGAGCUCGAUCCUAUCCUAACUGGUAUAACCUGACAGUCCUGAAGGUGUGGCUUUAGCAAUAUUUACUAUCAUGAGUGUACUUUGAGGUAUUAUUAUUAUUUUAACCUUCUGAAUGGAUAAGUAAAAAAAAAAAAGUAAGAAUAAUAAACCUGAGAUUUCUGUGAAAAUGUUACUGUCCCACUUAUGUUGAUGAACCUGUACAGAUAUCUUCACCCCACCCUCUUGCAUAAUCGCUUUCUCAGGUUAAUUAAAGCAUGACUAGAGCUUUGUAGUGACUACAUUAGGCAGAUAUUUUCUUGUGGAUACAAAACCAUGUAGUUAUGCAGGAACUUUGCACUAGUUUCUGUGCACUUUAAAGAUAUUUCGAUGGAUUGUUCUGUGUGAUUUUUUUUUUUUAUCACUUUAAAGGAACACUUUAAUCCCUGCAACCCCUUAGUUUGAUGUAGUGGUUAUGACACCAAGAGUGUCCUGGCAUCACCCCUCAACCCCCUCCUCUAGACUGUAAGGCUGUAAGCGCAUCUGAGCAGGGUUCUCAACCUAUUGUUCCUGUAGCAUUUUGUUAUUGUCUGAUUUUUGUUAAAUUUCCCCUUUCUUCUAACAGAAGAGUUGGCGCUAUAUAAAUGCCAAUAAUAUUAAUAACAAUAGUCGAACAGUUUUUGAACAGUUUGACUUCAUACUUCGUGUCCACUGGAUCUUCCACGCCAGCGAGUUGGAACCUCCUAACCAGGAGCAUUUGUUAGCUCAUUAUCUCAGAGCGAUCUUCUGACACUCUCAGCCAAUGAGCUAAUAGAUGUUCCUGCCUAGGCGACAGAACCCAUAAGCACUGCAGAGAGCUGCAGGAUUUAUGGCACUGGGAGUUUUCCUUUCAGUAAAAGCCAGUCCAUGCAUAGGUAAAAUGAUUGGGCAGAAAUAAUAAUAAAUCGUUUGAUUGUUUACUACAACUCCCUGCAUUUUGUGAAUAAAUAUCCAUAUAUACUUAAUGUUAUACAAGCCUGCAUUACCAAGGUAAAAUGAUGGAUGUUUAAAUAUUUAAUCAUGCUUUUUCAAAAUGUUAUAUAUAGGCACAACGCAUUACGUUUAUCAGACAAGCUCCUGUAUGUAUAUUUUAAUAUAUGGUGCUGUUAUAGCACGCCCAUACAAUUGAAGAUGCCCUUCUAGAAUAGUUAUUGUUAAUUUUUUUCCAGUACCUCAUUUUUCACAUUAUUAAAUACAUUGGAGCUCCAGUUCAAAUCCAGUUUUCAUUACUGACCAGUUGUUUAUGACCAGGAUGUAAUAUAGAAUAUAUUUGAGUCAGUAAAAUAGGUAGGCUUUAACUAGAUAUCUUUAGAUCUUUACUGGAGAUGUCUUUUCUGAAAACAAGAACUAAAUAGGGGUUCCCAGCUCAGCGCAGCUCUUUCUAGAAUUGUGAAUUUACAAUACCUUCUUCCCUCUUAUUGUGGCAUAUUUAGCUACGCUGUAUCUUUCUUUGCUCUCUUCUCAGCUAUUAUUAAGACAUUUUAAUAUCGGAUAUUUUCUCUUUAGAAAGACAUUUUAAUUUCUACAAGCUUUGGAAAUCAAAUGACAUCUCUCAUUGCCAUCUUAAGAGUUGCAUCUUAUUUUGGCUAAGACUGCAUUGCAAUACAGAAUAAUGGGCUCAGUAAUGUUUUGAAGGAUAAUUUGUUGGAGAAAGUAUUUUCAGGUUGGGUCAAGAUUGCUAAUUGUUUAGUGCAAGGUAUAAUUUACUUAGUAGGUGUCAAUCAAGGUGAAGCCACUCGUCUUGAAGACAAAUGAUGUCAGCAUGAUAUUUGAAAAUCCCAUGCAGAUGGAAUUUCAUGCAGUGUGCUGUGUCCAUAUCUGAAUGGGUCUGGUUUAGCGAUACAAUGAAGUGUGAUAACAAGGUAUAGGGUGCACCUUAACAUAGGUUUGAAAAGCUGAACUUUUUAAAAUGCGUUAACACGUUAAAUGCAUUAAAGGAUCACUAUAGUGUCAGGAAAACAAACUCGUUUUCCUGACACUAUAUAACCCCUAGAUCCCCCCACCCUUAGGGGCCCCCUCUGGCUGGGCUGAAGGGGUAAAAACCCUUCAGCAACUUACCUUAAUCCUGCGCCGGGCUCCCUCGGCGCUGGUGACCUCUCCUCCCCCGCUGACGUCAGCUCCCAAUAGGAGCGUAAUGCGCAUGCGCAGCAAGAGCCGCGUGCGCAUUCAAACAGUCCAUAGGAAAGCAUUUCUCAAUGCUUUCCUAUGGACGUUCUGCACGCUGGAUGCAAUUUCAUUGAGCUGAAGUGGUCUGGGUGACUUCAUUUUAAUUUUUCAUUUUUUCAUUUUAAUUUUUACAGUACAAUAAAGGAUUUGUAAAAUUUUUGACUAAGGCUUUUAGGCUGAAUUCCCCUUUGUAGAAUCCAAUAUGAAUAUGCUGUUGCCUGCAUUGAUUGCUUUAUAAUUUAUCACCAAUGUGAAAAUGUAAUGAUUUCAAGUAAGAAAUCUGUGAGUUUACCUAUGUCUGGGUUAAGCCAAAGAAGAAAACGGAUUAACAUAGGGACCAAAAUAAACAUUGGUACAUAUCCUAAAAGUAAUUCUUAUUUCUGACAUCACCAACAUGCUACACAUGGCAGCCCACAUGUUUAGAUGAUAACUUAUAAACCUGGAGAUGAGAUAUUAGCAUUUUAUUAAAUAAAUUAUAUACUAGUCUACACUGCUAAUGCAGUCAGUACAUACCUAGGACUAUUUAUAGGCUUUUUGCUGUAAACACUGUCUUUUCAGAGAAAAUGCAGUGUUUACAUUACAGCCUAGUAAUAACUCCACUGGCCACUCCUUAGAUGGCUGCUGGAGGUGCUUCCUGGGGCAGUGUCACGGUGCCGCUGGCUUCUGUCGGCGUGACCGCACUGAAAACCAGUGGUCACACCGACAGAAAUAACAAACAUUUACUCGCGUCAGAUCAAGACCUGACCUCCUUUCAUCUCUGUUCCCAGCGUGUGCGGCGUUUUUAGAGACACCGGCCGCUGCAGUUCCAGUUCUAUUAAAGAAAUACCUCUUGCCCAUAUUAAAGAUGGCGUUUACGUGCUUGCAGCGUCGCGUCAUUGACAUGCACGCACGUUUUGGGGUCAGAGGUCACAUAUAAGCCAAUUACAGCUCUAGGAGGGUUAUUUAAACCCAAAUUACCUUUUGAUCACUGCCCUGACGUGGUUUCCCUUAGUAGGUCAUCCGAGAGUGUGUUCCUGAGCAUUUAUUUCUGGUUUCUGACUUUUUCUUCAUUUUGACUUCCCUGUAUUCUGGUAUCCCUGACUUUUGGCUUUCAUCAUUGUGUCUCCUUCUGUGUCCCUGACCUCGGAAAGCAUUCUGACUAUUCUCUGGUACGUUAAGUCCGGCCAUUCUAAGGCCCGGUAAGACGUUACCUUUAGUCUUAGGUGUGAUAUAAUUCUGCGUGCUGGGUCUACUAGUAAUCCUGACAGGCAGUGCUGCCUAGUAUGCAUCACAAUAUUCAGUGUCUCCACCCUCUGCAUGCAGAAACUGAACUUUGCUCAUAGAGAUGCAUAGAUUCAAUCCAGCUCUAUGAGGAGAUGCUGAUUGGCCAUGGCUGUAUUUGACUUGUGCUGGCUCUGUCCCUGAUCUGACUCAUUGACAGUCUCAGCCAAUCCUAUGGCUAAGCAUUGUGAUUGGCUCAGACCACCACUUCUGAUGGUGUCAGAGGUCAGAUGCGGUUAAGAGACAGAUAUAAGUAGAGGCAGCAGCUCCAGACUUGAAUACACGUAAGAUUGGUCUAUAUUUAGGGAGGCAAGAGGGGGCCAGGGGGUCUAGAUGGUGAUUUUAACACUAUAGAGUCAGGAAUACAUGUUUAUGUUCCUGACCCUAUAGUGUGCCUUUAACUAGCCACAAAAUUUAGUAACAGAGCAAAUAGCCAAAGUUAAGAACUAAACUUGCCGUUGUUUUCUUUAGUUUUCACAUACAAGUAUGUUGUUGUGACACAAGAUAUGUUAACCACUUCCUGACCAAAGACAGAAAUUUUUUUGUCAAUCUUGUCCUUGUGUUAAGGACCCUUGACGGAAAAUUUCAGAUAUUUACUAAAGUUAACUCCAGAUCGCCAUAACCAUGGCGAUCGCUGGGUUAGCGCUUCUCCGGUCUGCCUCGGUAUUCAAGGCAUAACAGGAGCACCGAUCGCGCUAUCCCUGCAGCUGUGAUCGCUCUGACAGCAUGCCUCCCUGUUCUUCUUUAAUAAUGUUUUAAAAAGUAAAAAAAAAUCUUACCCCCCUUUACCCAGUCCUAAUAAAAAUUAACCCCUUCUCUGUCAGUUAAUCACUGCUUACAGUCAUCAAAAUACAGAUCACCGUCUUGUACCGUCAUCUGAUAUUAUUUUGUAACCCCUGAGGGUUAACUUUUAUUUAUUUUUUAACUCUCGGGUGUUCAAUUUAUUUCCUGAUAUAUUUAUUUGCCACAUGCCAUUUUGUAAAUUAAACCAGCUAGAUAAGAUAUUUACUCCAACUGUUCUUGCCGUCGGUUCAGAAUAAAGGGCCAUAAUAGCUCCAUGGAUCCAACCCAUGAAUCCAAAGGAGGUCAAUAUUACGUCUAGGAAUCUCCAGCUGACCCUGUCAAAGGCCUUCUCAGCGUCUAAUGACAGGGUCAGCAAUGGAAUCUCCUGACAUUCUGUUCUAUCCAAUAUAUCCAGAAUUCUUCUGGUACAGCUAUCCGAGGGUUUGCCCGGAAUUAAGCCGACCUGAUUCGGAUGGAUGACUUUUUCGAUAAGUGGUUUUAAUCUAUAUGUUAAGAUUGCUGCAUAUAUUUUCAUAUCUAUAUUUAUUAAAGAUAUCGGUCUGUAAUUACUAACAUCUCUUUCAUAUUUAUUAGGUUUUAAUAUUGGUAAGAUGUUAGCCUGUAAUAACUCUUUUAGAGUUUUAGCUUUUUUAGCCAUUUCAUUAAAAGGGCUGUUAAAGGAGAAGCUAUUUCUUUUUUCAUGAUCUUAUAAUAAAAGUUGCUAUAUCCAUCCGGACCAAGGGUUUUAAAUAAUUCUUAUCUAUCAAUCCCUCUUUCCUUUAUAUUAGGCGUAAACUCGAAGUUAAGCAGAUUAAGAUCGGGAUUAGAAAUUAUGGGGAUUUCUGUGUCAGCUAGAUAUUUGUUCAUUAUCUGAAACUGCACCAAGAUUAUACAAAUUACUGGGUGGGGCCGGACCGCCAUGCUGCAAAGUCGUAUAACAGAGAAGCUCCUGAAACUUCUUAGGUUUUCAGCCCAUAAAAACUGAAACGAUACCCACCUGACAACUGGAAGCUGUGGCCCAGUGCAAGAAGGCAUCCUGGCUCCGAGGAGAGUCUUGCCGACUGGGUUUAGUCCCUUGGAGGGGUGCUCUCCGUCGUCCAUAAUGGGGAUCACUCGGGCGGUGAGUGAGGUGGACGGCUGCUGCCCCACUAUCCCGACUAACAGUGCCAUGCCAGAAGCACGAAGCGGAGUGGACCUGGCCCCUUCCCCCUCCCACCCCCAUGGACCGGGGGGGUGAUCCCAGUCCACACCCUGGGGCCCCAGGAGGUGAAAAGAUACUGGCAUACAAAGCUGUGGCAGUGUCCACCCGAGGAUCAGAGACCGCACCCAAAAUGGCGGAGACCGCAUAGCGAUCUACCAGAAGAGAGACCAAUGAUCCCAUCACACCGGCACAUAGCCAGUGCAGGCCGAAUAAAUACCUACAGGUGCCCGCUAAGAAGCAACUCAGAACCCAGGCUCCAAGCCUGGAACGAGCCAGGUCUGGGAGGAAGAACCGGAGAUGCAUUAAGCCACCGCAUGCAGUGCUACAGAGAUCAACGGAGGCUGAUUCCCUGUCUGGGAAUUUGCCUUACUGAUAAUUUCAAGCAGUCUAAUAAGAUACCCCCAGACGGGAAGCCUAGCAUAAUAAGAAUAUUGAAGCGUCUGCCUACUCAGAGAUAACUACUCCUUCACUCAUUCAUUCAUUAAGCGUCUGAUACACUUCUAUUAACAUGGUCAAUAGAUAAGCCUAUACACAUUCUUAUACACAUGCGCUGACCUACACAACUCUACUGUUUACUCACAUUAAAUUUGUAAAAUGUGCACAGUUUCUUCAUGCCAGUUGUAUUUAUAUGUAUACAGAAACCCUGGCAUUAGCUGUUGUGGCAUUGCUGGCGUACAUGUAACCUGUAUAAUCCAUGCAUGACAAAAUAAAGAAUAAAAAAAAAAAAAAGAUAAUACAAAUUACUAUAAAAUUCAUUGAAUAUUUGGCCGAUUUUUCAGGGAAGGAGUACAAUUAUCCAACAAAUUAUUUACCCUCUUUGAUGUAUUUUGUUUCUUUAAUUUCUUUGUUAAAUUUUUACUGGCUCUCUUUCCCUGGUAAUAGGUAUUUAAUCUCCGUUUAUGAAUAGUUUUUUUUAUCUUUUAUUCUGUUUUUCUAUUGAUUUUAUUUUGUAAUUCUGAUAACGUUAACAUAAGUUGGUUAGAUGGUUGAUAUGACAGUGGCACAUAUCAAGUGUAAGAAAUACUCAGCAGAAAUGCAACAAGUAUGUAAAGAUGCAAUUUUAUUCCGCUCACCACUAAAAUUAGCAUAAAUUGGUGAAAAAAUUGUGACAAGUUAAGGCACAAUACAUGCUCUGGGGUGUCUGCUUUAUCAAAUGAAAGCCCUUUGUGGGGUUAUUUGAACAGUCACACUGCUAUAAUACCCCAAAAUGAGACAUAGGCCCGUCAAAUCCAUCUAUGAAUAUUCUAACUAUAGAAACUGAAAUAGUCUUGUCUCUUAUAUGGCAUUGUAUAUUCACAGAAUAGUGCCAAAGGCAUACGAUGGGGGUAUCGUUAUACUCAGCAUUUGUAGCUGAACACAAUAUGGGGUUCUGUGCAGGAAUAGCACAAACCAGUUUUACGAAAUACACAUUAUAAAUACCUUGUUACAUGUGUAUAUGUCAAAAUAGAGAAAAAAAACACAAUUUUACUCCAAUAUUUGGCAGAGAUUGGCGAUGAAAUGGCUACGUUAAAAGUGUCAAAAUAACCUUGGGUAAAUAGCUGGUGAUACCUACUUUACAUAUAUAUAUAAAAAUUACAAUAAAAAAAAAUAUUAAUGAUAUAAAAAAUAAAUAAAUAAUAAUUUUAAAAAAUUAUAAAAAUGCCCACCUCCCAGCAAGGCUCUGCAUCACACACACACACUGCACUCAUGCACACUCACACACUGCAUUCAUACACACUCACACACUGCAUUCAUACACACACACACACUGCAUUCAUACACACACACACAUACUGUAUUCAUACACACACACACACACACACUGUAUUCAUACACACACUGCAUUCAUACAAACACACUGCAUUAUAUACACACACACACACUGCAUUCAUUAUGUACACACACUGUAAAUAAAUAUUCAAUUAAUAUAAUUUUUUGGGAUCUAAUUUUAAUUUUAUUUAGAAAGUUACCAAUAGCUGCUGCAUUUCCCACCCUAGUCUUAUACUCAAUUCAGUAAGUUUUCCCAGUUUUGGGGGGUAAAAUUAGGGGUCUCGACUUAUAUUCGGGUCGACUUAUACUCGAGUAUAUACGGUAAUAUGUGUUGUAAUAAAUGACAGAGAUGCCAAUUGCGUUUGAACACAACCAGCAAAAGAUGCAAAAAGAGCCUGUGUCCUUAGGGGUAAGAGAAGCUUUUGAAGCUGUGUCAUUAAGGGGUUAAUUAUUCAAACUAAACCCUGUACACAUCUCCAUUGCCUUAAUUCUGUUUAGCAAUUAUUACUACACACGUAAGAACAGUUUGUGCAUUGCCUUUGGCUUUUGUUUCAGAGAUUCAUAUAGAAUAGGGGACCUUGCAUAACAAUGUGACUAUCCCAAAUGUAAUAAACUGUUUAAUGUUUUGUUAAAGGAGCAGUGAUACACAUUAAAAUUUUUAAACAUUAAAAUGCAUGAGAUAGCAUGAGAAACAUAAUUAAGAAGAAAUGGGUGAUGAUCACCAAUCAUGGAAUGAAAAAUAUAAGUUAUACUUUAAGUUAUGUUAUUCUUUAGAUUAUUUUACUGUACCUUUUUGAACCACAUGCGAAAUAUCAGGUCAUUUCAUAGUAUAUGAUGUGCUCAUCAUUUCCUUGUCUGUCGCUUGACACAUUAUUAAGUUGUCUUCCUAAUCCUGAUAAGGACUGGAAUUAAAAGCCACUUUACCUACGAUAAGAUGUCUCAAGGUUUGUUCUCAGGUAACCUAGAAAUAUCAGCAUUUUUGUAAAUUUUGCGGGUGCCUUGAAGAACCGUAAAGCUACCAUUAUUACAUUGUUACGAUGGAUUAGGCAAAUUGCUACAUUAAAAUAUAAUUGUUACAGUCUAAUGUACAAGAUCAGCAAUAGAGGAACCGGUAAAACAGCUUUGCAAGCAAUAUACAAUUGUAAAGGCGUAAUCUGGCUACACUGCAGUACAGGCUUAAAUAUUUUUUAUAUUAUUGCGUGUAAAAUGGGAAAAGAUAAAUUAUAAAAAAUAUCUUCUCUUUCCCGUAUCAGUGCACAUUAGGUAAGGGGUUCCAAUUUUAUGUCUAAAAAAACAAAAGACAGCAAAUGUGGUAAAGCAACCUUGUCAUUUAUAUUUUCUCCCGGCCCUCUGCCUUUUUUCCCCCUCCUAUUUAACCCCCAAUUCUGUUUGUUUGCCCGGAGUCUGGUUUUAUUUGACACCACCAUCUUUGAAUUUCGAUCCCUAGAACUCUCCCCUCUGCCCUUUUCAUGUAUAUGUGGAGCACCUUAAACACUGCCCCAACCUUUUUUAUUGAUGGUGUGAUGCUGCGAGUCAACGUCGUGAGAAGGUGACAUGAAACUGUGGAAGAUAAAGUGUUUUGACAUCAAAUGACAUGGAGCUUGACUGAAGCGUCAACAUUUUUCAACAUGUCAUUUAUACCCAAGAAAAAGCAGUCUCUAAGGCAAGCAUGUCAAACUCAAAGUUUGGAUCGGGCCACAUAAAUAAGGUUUAAGUUGAUGUGGGCCGCAAAAAAAAACAAAAACGUAAAUUUUCAUAGAAACGUAGGUUUAUUUUAAAAAGUACAGUAUAAACAGCCCACCAGCAUCCCCCUCUACUAAACCACAGCACCCCCCUCUACUAAAUCCCAGCCACCCUCUACUAAAUCCCAGGCCCCCUCUACUAAACCACAGCACCUCUACCACCCUGUGCCAAAUCUGAUCCUCCCGCUGACACACACACAUAUUCACUGACAGACACACACACAUACUCACAGACAGACACACACACAUACUCACUGACAGACACACACACACACACUGACAGACACACACAUACAUACUCACUGACAGACACACACACACACACUGACAGACACACACAUACAUACUCACUGACAGACACACACACACACACUGACAGACACACACAAACAUACUAACAGGCACACACACACACACUGACAGACACACACACAUGCUCACAGACAGACACAUACAUACAGACACACUGACAGACACACAUACUCACUGACAGACACACACACUCACUGACAGACACACACACACAGUCAUACUUGCUGACAGACACACACAGACACAUACAGACAGACAGACACACACACUGACACACACUGACACACACACUUACACAUUCUUGCAUACACAUACUUUUCUUUAUUGCUCCUUACCUUAUAGAGCUGAUGUGGGGCAUCUCCCUGUGGUCCUUCCUGCUCCUCACUGCUCCCUCGCGUGGUUUAGUGAUGCCGGGUGCCAGAAUAUUACGACGCCCAGCUUCACUUCAGACGGCGCACGCGAGGGAGCUGUGAGGAGCAGGAACACUGUGCGCCCUCGCUGGCCCUCUUCCCUGGCCGGGUAAGUGUUAGCAGAAUAGGCACCUGCAAUAUGGGAAAAGCAGGUGCCUACUCUGCUAUAACACCAGCAUGUACUCGCGGUUCGCCGGUUUGACAUGCUUGCUCUAAGGUAUCGUUUUUUUGUUUUGUUUUUUUAACAAAACAAAACAAAACAAGAAAAACUGAGGUUCCCAUAUGCACAAAAAUGCAACAUAAUAAAGGAUAAAAAAGGGACAGAGCCACUUAAAUAUUCUAACAAACCUUUAACCCCUUAGUGACCAGACCGUUUUUCAAUUUUCUUACAGUUAAGGACCAGGGCUCUUUUUACAUUUCUGUGCUGUUUUUUGUUUAGCUGUAAUUUUCCUCUUACUCAAUUACUGUACCCACACAUAUAAUAUACCGUUUUUUUUGCCAUUAAAUGGUCUUUAUAAAGAUAGCAUUAUUUUCAUCAUAUAUAAUUUACUGUAAAAAAAAAAAAAAAAUUAUAAAACUUGACGCAGACGUAUCAGGUACAUCCGGGGUCGUUAAAGACCAUUUUUUGCCGGAUGUACCUGAUACGUCCUUGGUCACUAAGUGGUUAAAGGAACACCAUAGUAUUAGGAAUACAAAUGCUAUAGUGGCCGUUAAGAAGACCAGAGAAAAAAAGGAUCUUUUACUUCUCUUAUCUCCCUUGGAGUACCAGUCUCCGUGUUGUUGCCCUGUCUCCUUGACAGAGAAUCAUAGAUGAUCUCAACCAAUCCAAUGAUUGACCAUGGUAAAGCAUUGGAAGCCUAGUACUCAUGCACGGAAAAACACCGCACUUCACCAAUCAGCCAGUCUCUCUGAAUGCCUACUGUGUUAAAGAUGUAAUAAUUUUAUUUGCAACGUGAUGUAUGAAAAGUAUGCCACUUAUCUAUACUGCGUCCUGUGAUAUGAGAUUAGUGUUCUGCCAUCUUUGGUCAUUUUCAACAAACACUGGUAAAAUGUAUAAGUGUAUCAUAGAAUACACGCGUCUGGAUGCUCAACUAACAUGCCCUCUAUGCAGGGAUGUAUUUACCACAAGGCAAACAAGGCAUUUGCCUAGGGCGGCACUUUCAAGGGGGCGCCAAAAAAUGCCACCCCAAGCUCCCAGACAAAUGCCUUGUUUGCCUCGUGUUCUGGGGCUGUCCACCUUACUGGGAGUGAGUGAAUGUAGUGGUCAGUGUGUGUCUGUGAGUGAGAAUGGGUGUGCCUGUGAGUGUGUGUAUGUCAUUUUAAGUGUAUCUGAGAGUGUGUGCCUGUCAGUACAAGUGUGUGUUGGUUAAAAAGUGUGUGCCAAUGACUGAAUGUGUGUGCCAAUGACUGUGUUUCUGUCAGUGAGUGUAUAUCAGUGCAUGUAUCAAUGAGGGCAUGUGUCUGUCAGUCAAAAAAAGGGCCUUGGCUCGAAUUAGGGGGGCAAAUUUAGAUUUUGAGAGUGCCCGAAUUUAGUCGUGCCUAGGGCAGCACAAAUCCAAAAUACACCACUGCCUCUACGCAAUACAGAAUUAUGUCAUUGAUAACCAGCCUCAGAGGUACGAAUUGAAGAGGCUUUUAAAACAAAAAAUACAUAAAAAAAUACUUUCUAUAUUUGAACAUUGUGCUAAUAGCAAAACCACCUCAGAUGAUCUCAUCAAAAAGGAACUACCACUUGCCUGUGAAUUCCACCUUGAAUAAAACAUUGAAGAAAAUCACCUAUAUUUUCUGUUAACAUUCUUUUAUAUGAUGCUCUGACGUCUCUUAAACAUUUUAAUUGAUAUUGCAAAUCAGUUCAAUCCAGGGCACACAUACAUUAGAAGAGGAAAUAUAAAACAUUGUUUCUGUUUCUCCCUUUCUCAUUUUGCUCUCUCUGUGCUGACCGAGAGGUGCAAAAGACCGCUCUUAUAACAGUGUUUGGUAGGGAGCCAACACAGAGUUCAAGGAUAGAGGUAAAUACAGCAGUGUGGAUUGCUACAUUUAAUUUUAAUUUUCUUACAUUAUAAAGUACAAAUUUAUUACAUACAGGCAAUAAGUACUAACUAUACAAAAUAUAAAAAAAUAAAAAAAAUAAAAAUAUUGCCACCUACGCUAGUGAAGGUACUGAUACAACACAGUUCAUGCAAAAAAAAAAAAUGUGUUAAAAAAAGCUAAAAAGCUUUCACUUGUUUUUGCUAAUUUCCCCAAUGAGCUAACCAUGAAACUAUGCAAAAUAGUAACCCUUUAACAAGCGUGUCAAACUCAAAGGCUAGCACGGGCCAAAUAAACUAGUUUUUUUUGCAGUCCACAUCAAUUAAACCUUAACAGAAAAAUUACACUUUCAUAGAAACGUAGGUUUAUUUUGAGAAGUACAAUAUAAAAAAAAAACAGCUUCCCCUUUUUAAACCUCAACUCCCUCCUCUACUAAACCCCAGCUCCCCUCUAUGCUCCCCCCUAUGCUAAAUCCCAGUCCCCCUCUCUAUACUAAAGUCCAGUUGCCCUCUCUACUGCAUCCCAGCACCCCCCUCUACUAAACCCUGGCCCCUGUUUAAAAAAACAACAUUAGCCAACAGGCAGACUCACAUUGCCGCUGCCAGUAUGCAACUCUGGAGUCCAACCUCUGUUAUACUCCCAAAGACGCUGUCUGCACCCUGUGCCAAAGGGGAUCCUCCUGCUAAUCCUGACGUGGUGUUGCGUGCCUCCAGGUCCUCCACUGUCCAGCCGUGGCCAUUACAACACUGACCAACGAAUACUCACUGACAGACACACUUACUGACAGACACAAACACUGACAGACACACACCCACUGACAGACACACACACACACACUCAAUGACAAACACACACUCACUGACAGACAGACAUACACACACUGACAUAUUUACCAAUAUGGAUACCGCCCUCUCCUGGAAUGCAACCGGGUCUGAGGUUGGCCAAUCUUCACAAUAUGAUUUGCAAAAAAGUAAUGAUGGUCCAGGCACUCAAGUACAAUCCAGUGGGCAGAUUUAUUGAGCAACAUAGAAACAACAUUUCGAUUUUGCUCCAAUAAAUCUGUCCACUGGAUUGAACUUGAGUGCCUGGACCAUCAUUACUUUUUUUACAACACACACACUGACAGACAGACACACACUGAUAGACAAACACAUUUACACAUUCUUGCACACACUCACAAAUCAUUUUAUUUAUUUCUCCCUACCUUUGGGAGCUGGUGUAGGGCCUCUCCCUGGGGGCCAGUGGUGAUCGUCUCUGUGGAGAUCUCCCUCCUGUUCCUCACUGCUCCCUCACACAAGCAGUUUAGUCAUGCCAUGCCGGAAUUAACUCAUAUUCCGACACAUGGCAUCCCUACAGAGGGAGCAGUGAGGAGCAGGAAGAACAGACUGAGCUCCCUCGCUGUCGCCAGCGUACUCUCCUCCCGGCCGGGUAAAUUUUAGCAGAGGAGGCACCUGCAAUGUAGGGAUGGCAGGUGCCUACUCUGCCUUAACAGCAAGCUGGGCCGCAAAGAUUUUCAUUGUGGGCCACGAGUUUGACAUGCUUGCUUUAAAAGAACCCCUAUGCCUAUGCGUGAAAGCAUUUAGGGACUUGUAGUGACCAGUUGAGGAUACCAAACUGUAGUCUGUUUACCUUUAAUUGUCUUAAUUUAAAGAUUUUACAAACUGAGUGAUCACUUGUAUCAUUUAAGUUAUAUUGUUCAAAUCAAUAGUGUGACUCUGCUAGAACCAGAAUGACCCAAAGUGUCUGCCUAGUGAGGCCCUGACAGAUCCUAAGUAUGAUCAUGUCUUGUUAUUUGAAUAUAAGUAGAAAUACAUUUAUUUCUUUUGUGUAGAUCUUGUAACAGAUUAUAAAUGCAUGCAACUAUUUUCCUACGUUUUAUAUUUAUUUUUUUGCUAUCUCUGUUUUUUUCUGUGCCCCAUUAUAUCUUUUUUUCUAGAUUAUUAUCUUUAAGACUGAGAAACAAAUAUAUCAGUUUACUUUAUCUCCAGAAGGCAGCUGAACAGAUUUACAGUUUCCCCACGUCAGCACUCUCACAAACAACAUAACUGCCAUUCUUACUGAAAUUAUGGAGAAUAUUUGCAUGCAUGUUUUCUAUAGCACUGGAAUGCAUACAACAAAGAUAGGCCAUAAAUAAAGUAAAAAUAGAUUGAAUACAAAAUACUGUUAACUUUUAAAACUAAAAAAGGUUUAUUAUUUUUGCUUGGAUUAAAUGGAAAAACAUUUGUAUCAAUGAGUGAAUUUCUAUAAAGAUGAUGGGAUGUUUGAUAAGAGUAACAAAAAUUUUAGGAGUCAGCUUGGUAAGGUUUAAAGGGACACUAUAGUCACCAGAAAAACUACAGCUUAUUGUAUUUGUUCUGGUGAGUAGAAUCAUUCCCUCCAGCCUUUUUGCAGUAAAUACCAUCUUUUUUUUUUAUAGAAAAUGCAGUGUCUACAUUAUAGCUUGGGGAUACCUCCACUGGCCACUCCUCAGAUGGCUAUCAUAAGUGCUUCCUGGGGUAGUGUGGCACACUGUGCAGUACUGCCAUCCACCCUCUGCAUGCAGACACUGAACUUUACUCAUAGAGAUACAUUGAUUCAAUGCAUCUAUAUGAGGAGAUGCUGAUUGGCUAGGGCUGUGUUUGACUUUUGCGGGCUCUGCCCCUGAUUUGUCUCCUUGACAGUCUCAGCCAAUCCUUUGGGGAAGCAUUGUGAUUUGCUCACCCACCACUUCUGAUGAUGUCAGUAGACAGCAGAAAGGUCAUGGGCAGAGGCAGCAGCUGCAGACUUGAAUACAAGUGAAAUUUUAUUAUGUUAAGGGGGUGGACAAGGGAGCUAGAUGGUGGUUUUAACACUAUAGGGUUACGAAUAGGUGAGGGCAAUCUAUGCAUUACAUCCACUGUAGCUCAUUUGUGCCAGGGUCUUUGGGAAUAUCCCUCUGAUUUUUGUCAAACUAUUUUACAGAGGUUUAACAAAAAUCUGAAAUUGCGCAGGACUCAAUAUCCAGCCCCUGGCUUAGCAAGUAUGAAAUUCAACUUCUGUCCAACUUUGAGUGGUAAAGAUAAGAUGAGAUAAAGAGACUAAUCCUCCCCAACACUCUGAAUCUCUCAUUCCAGUCCAACAGUGGAUGAUCUGAUACAAAAGUUCAUCACAACAAAGGGGCUUUGGUUGUCAGGAGAGUGUCUUAUUUUGUCAAACUACUGAAAAAUGCUUUUAUAGGCAGUGGAAAGAUGGAGUCCAGAGACCAUUUUCCCCUUGACCACUGCAAUUAGCUAAUCUGGUUAUAGUGCUUUUUCCUUUUUUGAUCCCUAAACUUUGUCCCAGGCUGUCUGUGGCCAUAAAAGUAAUUUUUCCAACAUCUGAUGUGAAGACUUGCCUGAGUACAUUUCACCGCUUACAUCGGAUGGGUUUAAAGAAACACUAUAGUCAAGGAAUAGAAACAUGUAUUCCUGACAUGAUAGUACUGAAGAGGGGGCUCAUCAGAAAGAAUUCUUUUGCGCAAAUAUUUACCUCGCAGUAGUGAUUACAAAAUGAUACUUACCUUUAAUCCUUAAAGAGGUCAAAUACCCAGUUUAACGUGUAGGGUUGAUUUCUUUCAUAACACCACACAGGCUAUAUCCCACUCCCAUUUUAUUUAGGGUAUAAAUUGGAUAGGUUGGCUUUUAUGUCCAUAUAAAUAUUUUAUCUUUAAACUAUUAAAAGUUAAGUUUUAAUUAUUUAUACUAGUCAUUAACAGUUCCACACUCUUUGUUUUCUGGCUGUCAUUUAUUCUAUUCCUUAGUAAUUUAUUUAAUAUUGUGCAGAAACCUAUACUGAAGGUAAAUGCACUCUAUUUUAUGCAGUGAUAACGAUUCUUUUUUUGUAUCAGUGUUAGUGAAAGUGUGACUGAAUAUAAAUAAUGUUUUGCAUAGUUAUUUUCACCCCUUAAGGACCAAACUUCUGGAAUAAAAGGGAAUCAUGACAUGUCACACAUGUCAUGUGUCCUUAAGUGGUUAAUCCUGUAUAAAUGUUAAAACAAGGAACAUGUUGACUGAUAGUUGGCCCUAGAGGGUCAGUGUUUACACCCCCAUUUUCUAGAUUUUUGUUGAAAAGUACAUUGGUGAAUGUCAAGAGGAAAAAAACAUUCAAUUUCCACGAUGUUUCAAAGACAAUGCUCGUUUUAAAAUAAAACCACUCCAAAUUUAUUUCUUCGUUUGUGAGAUACAAUGCAAAAGGUUUUUGAAAAGGUCACAUCUUCAUUAUCUUUAAGUACAAUUACUGGACAAGACAUAUAAAUUAGUGUAGACUUUGUAAAUCCCAUUAAGUGGAUUACAGCUUCAACUCGGCAUAAGGAUGGCAAAAGAAAGUUUAUAUACUCCUUGAACGAUAAAAAGACAGAGGGAAGUAAAUGGUGAAAGAUUUGUUUUAUAUGUGUAAUUGAGGUGUGAAAUUUGUUUCCCCCCCAUAAAUAAUAAUAUGGGCAUUUGCACAAAUGACAUAACAUGACUGAAUACAAUCAUAAAAAUAAAUAGUGUAGUUCUGAAUUAAGUUCAUUUUACAUCUAUAAAUGUCUCAUUCUUAGCAGUAACCAUAAAACUAGCCACCAAAAAAUAAUGUAAUAUAAAAGAUACAUAAUGGUUCUAUUAUGGAAAAUAAUGACAAAUCAGGGCUCAUAAAUCAUUUGUCCUUUGUUCAUGAAUUCUCAUAAAUAAAAAGCAUGCAGCUGUUGCCAGAUUGAAAGUGAAAAAUUUAUAAAAACGUCUGUCAUCGUCUGGGAUCUUUGCAUAAUUUGCAAAGACCCUCAGUGGUGACUGCUCUGCUGGCACUGCGGCGGCAAUACUUACUGAACCUGACCCUUGCAGCCGCGGACAUCUUCUUUCUGCUGGCCCUCUUCAGCUGCCAAUGUCAGUCUUGUAAUCUCAAGCAAUCACAAGAGUGCCACACUGAGAUCUACAGAAUCCUCCAUACACACGGUCCUUUUCCCCUCAGUCAUCACUGGUGACGGCUGAGGGCUUGACAUGGCUUAGAUAAAGGUAGCUCCGCCUUUUGUCAAGUGUAGGAAAAAUACUGAGACAAAAUAGUCCUUACUUUAUCUCUGUAUAUACUUUGACUGAGUUGGAGUUUCGAUAUUCCAACAGUUAAUGUGAGUAUUUCAUGAAGAUUUUCUCUUUAUGAAAUAAUUAUUUUGGAGGGGGAAAUGACAAAGGGGAAACUAAGGAGUCUUUCUAAGGGAGAUUGGUUGAGUGCAAGGUAUAACAAGAACUGGAACAUUCAUCUCAAAGCACAGGCAUUAAAUAUAUUUCUGACACAGACAAAGCAUACAUAUGAAAGCUAGAUAUCUAAUGAUCUAGGAUGCUUGUAGUUCUAAAUACGCAAUGCAAAAGAAAACAUUUUUCUGGUGUUCAAAAUGUAAAUUUUUUAUCUGUUCGUCUGUGAUGGUUUCAUUCUUGAUUGUAGGAGGAAACAGAAAGGGCACUUGGGUAUCGUUUACAGUCAGAUGAUUCAAUCUGUGAACACAAAACAUUAUUUUAAGUAACUCUUAAAAAUAACAAGCUUUCACAUCAACUUUCACGCAUGACACCUUGAGAAUGACUGACGAAGGAAUGAACAUCUGUGUUUUUGUUUUUCCAGGAAAGAUGCCAAUCCCUCUGAAAAACCUUCAACAAAUGGCUCUUUAUCUGGGUGUGGUGUCUGGGGGAGGAUGUGGCCUUAUGUAUUAUUUUAUUCAGAGUAAGUACGUAUGAAUGUUAAAUGCUGUCUGUGCUGUGUAAUUUGUAUCCUUUCUAAUAUACCAAUCAUAUUAUCUGUCUCUGUACAGAGGGCAGGGCCGGCCUUAGGCCAUUAGUCGCCCUGUGCAAAAAGUCUUCAUGGCGCGCCCCCCCACCAAGUUGCUUGUAUACAGUCACACACACAGGCAUAGGUAGACAGUCACGCAGACAGUCAGACACGCUCAGUUACAGGCAGACAGUCACACGUGCUCAGUUACAGCCAGACAGUCACAGAGCCAAACACACCGUUAAAGGCAGACAGUCACACACAGUUACAGGCACACAAUCACGAACAGUUACAGGCACACAGUCAAAAGCAGACAGUCACACAUACUUCAUUACAAGCAGACAGUCAUACACACUCGGUUACAGGCAUGCAGACACUCACUCACGCACGCUGAUAGGCACACACACACUCAGUUAAAGGCAGAUAGUCACACAUACAGGCACAGGCACACACAACAGCACAGCUACAGCGACACACACAAUUGGAGUCACACACAGGUAGACAGUCACACACACAGGCAGGCAGACAGUCACACACAGACAGUCACACACAGGGAGGCAGUCACACAGGCAGACAGGCACUCACACACACACACACACACACACAGACAGUCACACACAGACAGUCAGUCACACACAGGGAGGCAGUCACACAGACACAGUCAAACAAACAGGCAAACAGUCACAGACAGACACACAGGCAGUCAGUCAGUCACACACAGACAGACAGUCAAACACAUACACACAGUCACACACACAGGUAAACAGUCACACACAGGCAGACACACACACACACUUACCUCUUGCCAUUAUGGCUGGAAGGGGGAGUGGAUGCAGUUGGAUGAUGGGGAAGCAGGACUCCUUCCUUCUUCCUGUGCAAGAGUUACCAGGGGCUUUGUAUGUAUUAGCCCCGCCCCCGCCUCGCUGUAAGCCCCGCCUCACGAUAAGCCAUGGCCCCACCACCUCAAUUUUAUUUAUUUUUUUAAUAGAGAAUAAUUAGUCCUCCACCCGGGUACCUGUUUUAGCUCCCCUGACAUCGGCCACAUGGCGCCCCCUAGUCCAUGAUGCCCUGCACCCCUAAGGCCAGCCCUGACAGAGGGGCUUCACAUUCAAUAGGGGUUCCUUUCCCCAAGAACAUCUUCAGAGCUUGUUAACCAAGCUACCAAUGUGGUUUUAUACACUCACAGGUAAAAUACAGACACAGUCACACAAACAGGCAAACAGUCACAGACAGACACACAGGCAGUCAGUCACACACAGACAGACAGUCAAACACAUACACACAGUCACACACACACACACACAGGUAAACAGUCACACACAGGCAGACACACACACACUUACCUCUUGCCAUUAUGGCUGGAAGGGGGAGUGGAUGCAGUUGGAUGAUGGGGAAGCAGGACUCCUUCCUUCUUCCUGUGCAAGAGUUACCAGGGGCUUUGUAUGUAUUAGCCCCGCCCCUGCCUCGCUGUAAGCCCCGCCUCACGAUAAGCCAUGGCCCCACCACCUCAAUUUUAUUUAUUUUUUUAAUAGAGAAUAAUUAGUCCUCCACCCAGGUACCUGUUUUAGCUCCCCUGACAUCGGCCACAUGGCGCCCCCUAGUCCAUGAUGCCCUGCACCCCUAAGGCCGGCCCUGACAGAGGGGCUUCACAUUCAAUAGGGGUUCCUUUCCCCAAGAACAUCUUCAGAGCUUGUUAACCAAGCUACCAAUGUGGUUUUAUACACUCGCAGGUAAAAUACAGACACAGUCACACAAACAGGCAAACAGUCACAGACAGACACACAGGCAGUCAGUCACACACAGACAGACAGUCAAACACAUACACACAGUCACACACACACACACACACACAGGUAAACAGUCACACACAGGCAGACACACACACACUUACCUCUUGCCAUUAUGGCUGGAAGGGGGAGUGGAUGCAGUUGGAUGAUGGGAAAGCAGGACUUCCCCAUCAUCCAAGUGACCGCAUAUAGCUUUAUACCCCUUUGCAAGACUCAAAUCAACAGUUCUUGAAUACUUGGAGUCAUCACCAGUUCUUGAGCUAUAUUCCUGCCUAUACCUUUUCAUCUCCAACUCAAGACUGAUUACCUGUAUAUUCAUUGAACUGCUCUUGUUCCUAGAUCUCUCCACCCCCAAGUAUCUAUCAAUUUGCAAAGAUCUACCUCUUUCUAUUUUUGCUAUUUGUUUUAAAUAAAAUGUGCAUCACAAUGGAAAAAUAAUUAUUGCCAUUUAUUAUAAAACAUGUAAAAAAAUAUUAAAUUACCUAAUUGAUUAAGAAGGAGCCGUUCUCACUAAACUCCUGAUAAAAUCCCCUUAAAGGAUUUGGGUAUGCCGUGACAAUACAGACCUCUAUGGCAUAUCAAUCAUAUUGGAUGACAUCACAUGGAUCCUGAAUUCCUUGACCAGUUUUCAGAGUAAAUAAAGAAAGCAUCAUAUGCAUUCAUUUGUAGUAAAUGUACACAUCAUGGACAGACAUACAUAAGAGCAAUUUGUAUUAAAUUUCGACUGUGUUACUAUAGUGAUAAGUGUUCAUGUCCAAGCUGGGGAAAAUCAUAUAUGAGUAUACAACAAAAUUUGGCUGCGGGGAGAAAAGAAGGAAACAGUGAUAAAAGAGUGGGGAAUAAAGACACAUCAGUGAAUUGAUUGGAAUACCCUCCUCCCCACCUCCUCCAUUCCUUCAUUUAAAACACCUAUACAUAUAUAUACACCUAUACCCGAGGAUUGGCAAAUAACAAUAAAAAAGUUAGGCCAUAUUCUUAGUGAUCUCAGCAGCUACAUAAUUCAAUAGUCAUGCAAUAGAAGGCUCUUUAUACAUAAUGUGCCUAGUUCAGACCUGCAUUGAAUAAGGAAGAUGUGUGGCCGUAGUGGGUCGAGAAAAGAGCAAUAUGUAAGGUCAUAUAGUGCAAAGAAUAUUUGAAUGGUUAAUGAAAGCUGACUAGGAGAAUUGAUAUGUCUGAAAGAUAAGAAGUAUUGUCAGAAGAAUGCUCCCUGGUGUAUCCAAAUUAAACUAAUCAGUAUUCUAUUUGUGAUACUUAGAUCAAGCAUUACUGAAUGACCACGUGCUGACUGCUCUUUAUAUUUUUACGUUUACCCAAUUCCUGUAGGACAGGAGUGCUAACAAUAUGUGGGAAUGAUAUACUUCUCUGCAUUUAAGAGCACAAUUAGUACAUUUUUGUAUGAAUUGCAGAUUUGUGAAACAGAAAUGUAUGUAAUAAUUUCCAUUAAAAAAAACAACUGGUAUAUUUUUAGAGACAUUUGCCAAGAAGGAAUAUUACUUGUCUGCCAUUGAGAAGUUGAACAGCAAGUCUGAAGCUCUCGAGCUGCUAGGAGCACCACCUCUAAAAAUCCACUUCCUUCGGCUGACUGACAAAUACAAUCAGGUUAAUCCAUCAGCUGCUCAGGUACAGUGUGAAUAUCUUUUCUAUUAAAACAGCUGUUCUCACUGCUUGUGAAAUUGUUAUUAAAGAUACACUAUAGUCACCAAAACAACUUUAGUUUAAUGAAGCAGUUAUGGGGUAUAGAUCAUGCCGUUUUCUGCCGUUUGGGAGUUAAAAUUUUCUUUUUACGCAACCCGUGCCACACCUUCCUGCACCCUUCCUGUAAAGAGAGAUUUAAUGUUUAAGCUUCCUUUAUUGCAUAGUCUGUUUAAUUUAGAAUUUCUUAUAUCCUGCUUUGUUAAUAGCCUAGGGUGGGGGAGGGCACUCCUGACACCAUAACCACUACAGCACAGCCAGUUAAGAAAAAAAUAAACUUUACUCCUACAUGCUAGAGAUAUUCUUUUUCCUCUGCCAUCUUUAGUAACACCCAUUAUAUUAUAUAGUAUUCUCAGGUUUUGUAAUUAAUUAGAAAGUCAAAUCUCCAGUGCACACUACCACAAACCAAGAACCAUUGGGCACCCACAUAAUAUAUAUCAUUUUUAAAAGUUUUCUUGUGAUAACCAAAAACAAACACAUACACUCUUAUUUAGUAAUAUGCAAAAACAGAUAAAAAAACAUUUCCUGGUUCUGUGUUUAAUUUUUUUCACAACUAGUGCUAAAAAUAUAGAUUCAUUUUCCAUGAUUUCGGAAAUACCUAAUUUGCCCAUGUCCCUUGCAUUCUUUUCCUGGGGGAAUGGGUGGAAUUCAGAAUUUUUAAAAAUUAUUUGCUUUUAACUUUGCCUUGCUUAGAUUUAUCAUUUUGAUUUAAAAAAAAUAUUUUUUAAACAUUUAAAGAAAUACAUUCAGACUCAGUAUGGGGUCUUAUGAGACCUCAAGGAUCAUCUCCGCUCUUAACAGAGGAUCCAGGUGAUGACAUCACCAGGUAUCACUGCACAGCGUAGAAUACUAAUGCUGUAUCAUAGGGUAAAAGACACUUGUUUCUUGUCUUGUGCUGUUUUGACAUAGAGCCACAGAGGUGCAGCAGCUUUCUGUGUGAUCAGACACAGAAAUUGUGAUCAGCCAAACUGGGGGUUUACUGGGGAACUCAAUCAGGGUCUCAUUAGACACCUGGUGUCAUCAAUGAUAAUGUUGUGGGGUGUGACCAAAUGUGGAAGUUAAUCGGAUGGGAGUCACAUCCAGAACAUACAUUUCCUAAUAGUGAUGCUGCUAUAAAGGCCAAAAUAUAUACAAUAUUAAUUCAGAAGCUUGCCCACAAAAAAUACAGUGUUAGAACUUUCAAAGCUCCUUAAAAUCACAUAUUACAUGCGAACUGCAAUACUUACCAAUUAAAUUGCAUCCAGAGACACUACUCAAAUGAAUGCUUUGCUGUGGUCACUUUAAAGGGUUACCUGGUGUGGAGGGGCGUGGUGCUUAACCCAAAAGGAAUAUGGUCAGGACUCUAAAUACCGGUACAUUCAAAUAAAAAUAAGGAAUUGUGGACACACCCAGAACAUGCAUUUCUUAAGAGUGGUGCUGCUGUCCAGACACAAAUAUAUACAAAAUACACAUUAAGGGAACAGGAAAAUAAAAAAUAAAAAUUGUCUUCUCAAAAUCACCUAUUUUAGCCAAUAAAUAUGGGAAUUUAGUCACACAGUAUGGACGUAUCUUGUUUAAGCCCACCACUGCUUCACAGUACUCCAGUAAACCAAAACAUAAACCUCAGUUUACUCCUGACACCACAGCCACUACGGUUUAUUAGAGCAGUUACUUUAGCAAACAUACACGAGGUUACUAAAUGAGGUUAGAUAUGGGCCUAGUCAAGCUUGAAGUAGUUAGUUGGGCUACUGAGAAAAAGAGUGUCACAUUCUUAUACAAUCAGGAUUUAAUGGUUCUGCUCUUAGACCUGGAACAUAUUCAUUCCUAAUCUUCUCCACUGAGUCAUAUUCAGCAAAUAAAGGCAUGAAACUCGUAAAGUUUCCAGAAAGACAAGUACAAAGCAUAGCAGCUGAUGUCAUAUGAUAGGAAUUUGUUAACAACCUUGAAGGGUUCUCUAUAAACCUGUCACUUGGCAUUGAUGUGAACUCAUGUUGUGUCCUUAUGCAUAUGGAAUAAACUCUGGAGAGCAGAUUGCUCCACACCUCUUGCUGUAGCCAAACCUAAUUGUAUAUUGUAGAUGUGUAAUAAUUGCUUCCCAAUGUAGAUAACUACAUAAUAUGCUGUGUAAGCCCUUCAAUGAUGUUAAUGCUAUUCAAUACAUUCAACAGAUCAAAAUUCCAGUGUCAGGAACCAUAUCAGCUGGGUACCUCUAUACCACGUCGGUCAGAGACAGCUUUAGUAAGAGGUGGGUACAUGAAACAUGUACAUGUAUGUAAUAAAGUACUUCAUUGUUUGCUUUUAGAAGUAAAAUAUAUUUUUUUGUUAUUAUUUGUUGUAUCAGACUUUUAAACUCAUUGGAUUAAAUGUUAAAUAUUGUUCUUCCUUGCAUUCGGAUAUUGCUUAGGACAAAUGUUAUUAAAAACAUUCAAACCUUUCAUUGCUUAGGUAUGCAUUCCUUAAGCAAAAAAAAUCCCCCACAAUUUAGUUUUAUUGCUAUCGUCACUUGAAAGGAGAAUAUUACAUAAUAGAUUUGUUUCAAACAUCCACCGCAGUCAUUCCUUAACAAAGUACAUUAGAACACGUUAUUUUGACAUCUAUUUAAAGAUUUACACUAGGGUGGGAAGAAGCACAUGAAAGGUAUUUGAUGAUAACAUGUUACAGAGGAUUAGAUCCUGGCUUUGAACCUGGAUCUUCAGUAAAGGAGCUGCACAUGCAUAAAUGAGAUCUGUGUCAUCUGUGUUUAGUAUUACAGGAACGUGCUCUCUGUCUCUCUCUAUAGAUAUAUAUAUAUAGAUAUAUAUAUAUAUAUUUUUAGUUAUGUUCAAUUAGCCAUUUCCCUUUUGUUGUUUAUUUUACUGGGUCCUUCUUAGAAGAAAAAAAAUAAUCUGUAACAGCUCCAUAUACCAGAGACAGGAGCGUUUUCACUCCACUUGGGCCCCCGUGGCUGGAUUUCCUGGAUGGGGGACGUCUGGGUAACGGGGGACAGGUUCUGAGGCUGCAGAGGAGUUGUGUCUGUCUGUCUGUCUCUUGAUCAUUCUUAUUCUUAGUGCUUUGCAUACUUUGUCUGUCCCCUUUGCUUUUCUUCUCUACUCCCUGCUUUCUCCUAAGUGGUGAGUCUUCCCUGUACCCUAUCCCGCUUUUUGUUUGCUCAUUAUCCAUUAUGCCCUAAUGAAACACAUUAGCCUCUGGAUUCAGUCCAAGGCUUUCCCUGCUCUGCCCGAGCCACAUUAUCUCACAUCUUGAAAGUACAAAAUGUAUGCUGGCGAUUACCCCCCUUUGAACCAGCCCUAUUUGUCACAAUCAAUUAAAGAAAUUGAUUAUUUUGGUUAUAAUAAGAAUAGAUUUAUACUACUAUUUGAAAGAAGAAGUUAUCGAUGAAGGUGAGGACUUUAUUUGGAUGUAUUUUAUGAGAAAUGUAUUCUUCAUGUCAAAUUCAAAUCUAAAAUGUAAGUCUGAAGAUAGAAUCAAAUCUAGGACAAACAUUGCUCUCCAGGGAAAGAUCGGAUCUCAUUCACAGUUUAGGAGUAGUAUAUUACCUGUUAAAGAUUUUUUUUGUUUGGAAUUUGGGGCUCGGUUGCUUUAUUAAGAUCCACAAAAAUAACUAUGGGUACUGUGAUUGGCGAUAUUUUAUAGACUAACCUUGAAUAUUAACAUAGAUCCUGCUCUCUGUUUUAUAGAUGGGAUCUGCAAGAGGUCACUUUACAAUUGAACAAUGGACAGAGGAUUCCUGUUUAUAAUUCAAAUGAUGACCAUAGGGAAAAAGAACUAGAACAAGGACUAUAA